AUGGCACCCCCCACUCCCUACUGGACACAACCCUCGCACCCUUCCAUCCAAGAAGUCAUUCUCCCCAGCAACCCUUCCGAAUUCACCACCAAGUCUCUCUCGAAAAUCACUGUCCCACCAUUCGGAUUGUACGCGAAACUGGAGUUCCCGCCUUGUACGAAAGCGGAUAAACCGACGUAUGCGACUGUGCAGAUGGGGAAGGAAGAGCAUCUGAAUCUGAAUAGUGAUUUGGUUUAUAUCAACCAUAGUUGUGAUCCGAGUUUGACAUUCGACCUGUCCCCCACGUCCUUCGGCAUCUUCGCUGGCCCAAAAGGUCUCAAGCCUGGUGACGAAUUGACGUUUUUCUACCCAUCCACAGAAUGGGAUAUGGCGCAAGGCUUCGAUUGUUUCUGUGGUGCUAAGACAUGCCGUGGUUUCAUUUCUGGAGCAAAGAAUAUGAGCAGUGAGCAGUUGGAGGGGUUAUGGCUCAACCCACAUAUCCGCGCCCUCCUCUCAGAGCGCGACUCAUCCUCAUCAUCAACAGCCGGCACAUCCCGCACCAACUCUUCCAACUCCCCCUCACCAGCCACUUCAACCAGCUCUUCUACCUCUAAUCUGAAAGCCAAUGGAUCAGCUGAGAAUGAGAAGAAUGGAGAAGCUAGAAGAGGGGUCACGAGUCGAGAGUUGAGUGGUGAGAUGGGUGGGGAUACGACAGUUUAA